UGACACUGCACAGCAUAUUCCUUCAGCACCUGGACUUUAUAUGCCGCAAUGUGAUUUAACAGGUUAGACUCAUUCAAUUUUCUUUGCUGGGGGACUUAAGAGGGGGACAAAUUAUCUUUGCACAAAUGAUCUGAAAGCACUGAGAUAAAUGGGCUGAAAGCGACUCAGACUGCACCGAUUGUCUCAUUUUUCUACAGAAAAAAGCUAGCAUUGGAUGGACAAUCUAAUUACAGUCAAGUCUGUCGGUUCUGGUGGAGACGUUGGAGAAAGCAGCAAAGGUGAUCUCUCUGUGACUGUAGGAGGGUCAGGUGGAAGAGCUCCGUCAGGAGGAGGGUGUUCACCUACAUCGAGGGGUUCAGGGGCAGCACUCAGGACUGCUGGAGGGGGAUCUUCUAGCACAUCCUCUAGUUUUGCAAGCAGUGGGAGAGAAGGAAAAGGGGAAGGUGGGCUAGGUGCUGUGACAGUGACAAAGUCCAGCACCACCACCAUGGCUGCAGCUCUCUCAGAGGUCUUUGAUGAGAGUUCAAGCUCAGACUCUUCUCCAGAAUAUAGCAGAAAGGCAUAUGGUACUUCAUUUGCAACUUCAAGUUCUGCCACCAGAGGGAGAACUCAGAGCAGAGAGAGUGAGAUCAGAGCCAGGCUUCAGAGCGCUUCACCCACAGCAAGCUGGACGGAGCUGGAUGACGUGAAGCGUCUGCUGAGAGGAAACGCGUCAACCGGCACCAGCCCCGCUCAGUCUCCUGACAACACACUGCCGAUCCCCAAGAAGGCCAGCGUGGAAACUAGGACCAUGUCUGAAAGCUCUAGCACAGACCACUAUGGCAGCAUUUGGUCUGGAGGUGUGAGCAACAGCCAUAGCUACAAUACCAACCCCAAUAACUUGCCUACUACCUCCACCCUCUACCAGUCAGGAGCAGUUCAGAACAACCUGGCACUCAGCUCUCCCUCCAUGAACGGUGGAAUAUCUGCUAGCAGCUCUGCUCUUGUGUAUGGUGUUCAGAAUAACUUGGUCACCACCAGCCCCACUGGCCUCUCCCCCACCGGGACCAACGCACAUAUAGUUUAUGGUGUGCAGAAAAACAUGUCCAGCACUGGAAUUAGCACAACCACAGGGAGACCCAGCAGUCCCUCUUAUGACGAGGCUCCAGCCAAAGACUUUAAGUUUGUGCUGAUAGAGAAGGACAACGCUCCCCUCAAAAAGGAGACAGAGCGGCUGGUCCUGACCAAGGACAUGGGGAAGCAGUUCAUGUCUGCUGCGCCUGUCGGUGCUUCUGCUGCAUAUUCUGAGGACUCACUGAAGAGACAAAAACAGAAACUGUCGUCCAGCACAAUGGAGGAAGGAACUGAUGACAAAUCUGCAACCCUAAAAGUUGCCACUAAAGACAAAGCCACCUAUGCAGAGAUAAAGAAAGAUGAAUCAGGCUUCAGCUUCUGCUCCUGCUGCAGCUGGUGGAAGUGGCUGCUCGGCCUCUUGCUCAGCCUGCUCCUGCUGCUUGGUCUCCUCUUUGGACUCAUCGCUUUGGGUGAAGAAGUCAAACGCCUGAAGAACCGAGUUGAUGCUCUUGAAGCCAUCACCGGCACUGUGUCAGCCAGGUCCAGCCGCUUGUCGGCGUCCUCUGGCGUCAACAUUAUCGACCCAAUGGACUCAUCAUACAUUGACAAGAGUUCCUCUGCGUCCACCCUGACCCGCUCUGACAAUGGGAUCAACCUGGGGGCUGCUGUGCCAAGGGGCGGUGCAGGCAACGGACCAGGACAGGACAGUGCUGCCCUGCAGAGAGCCGUCCAGCAGCUGGUCAGGGCUGAACUCCGCUCAGAUGCUUUAAGAGAAACACUUGCAUACUCACUGAAAGGGGAGAGAGGAGCUCCAGGACCUAAAGGUGAUCCAGGGCCGCUAGGACAAAAAGGUGACGGCGGUUUUCCUGGCCUCCCAGGUCCUCCUGGGCAGAUGGGUCACCCAGGAUUAGAUGGGUCAAGGGGACCAAAGGGAAGUGCAGGCGAGCCAGGUCCAGAGGGACCACCAGGCCAGAGGGGCCGGGAAGGACAGAUGGGCCCCCGUGGAGAAGCUGGACCACCAGGUUUUGGAGAGAAAGGAUCUGCAGGUGAGCCAGGGCGUCCCGGUCCUCCUGGUAUUGCUGGACUUAUGGGGCCAAAAGGUGCCAAUGGAGAACAGGGUGCCACAGGAAGCCCUGGUGCUCCUGGACCAAAGGGUUUCCAGGGUGAAGCAGGAGUUCCAGGAGCAAAAGGCGAUCGAGGAACACCAGGGCUGCCAGGAAUCAAAGGAGACAAUGGAGAGAGGGGAGCUCGUGGCCCAGCAGGUGAACCAGGACAAUCUGGACCACAGGGCCCUGCAGGACCAAAGGGAUCUAAGGGACCUGAAGGUGACACUGGCUCGAUGGGACUUCCUGGUGUGAGAGGACCACCUGGACUUCCUGGAGAUGUUGGUCCCCCAGGCCUUCCUGGGCUUCAGGGACCCCCAGGUAUUGCUGGAACUCAAGGACAGCCUGGUGUUAAAGGUGAACCCGGAUUACCCGGUAAAAUCAUUGCUCCAAUUGGCUCGGAUGCUGUCACCAUCCCUGGACCACCAGGGCCUGCUGGGCCUCCAGGUCCUGCUGGAACACCUGGCCUGUCUGGUCCCAUUGGCCCUGCUGGUCUCCCAGGACAACCUGGUCCCAAGGGAGAACAAGGAGAGAAAGGAGAAAAGGGGGAGAAGGGUGCGCAAGGACAACCUGGUGAGCCUGGUAUCAGUGUCACGGGUUUGGAAACUGUCAGUUCAACCCGAACAAACAAACUGUCUUCAUUAUCUGGACAGCCUGGCCCACCAGGACCUCCAGGUCCCCCUGGACCAACCGGUCCUCCUGGUGAGACUAUACAGGGUCCUCCAGGACGCAGAGGUCCUCCUGGAUCGCCAGGUAUUGGUUUACCUGGACCUCCAGGAGAGAAAGGAGACCCUGGCAGCUUUGUCCCUACUUCAGGAACCUUUUUUGCUGGACCACCAGGUCCUCCGGGACCCCAAGGCCUGCGGGGUCCACCAGGUGCUCAGGGUGUACAAGGAUACCAAGGUGAACCAGGUCAGCCAGGUCUUCCAGGAAGUCCAGGGGAACCAGGUGAUGGUGGCACAUUCAGACCAGGCCCUCCAGGCCCACCUGGACCACCUGGUCCACCUGGAAGAGAUGGGAGUGGGUCUGGAUCAACGGAUGUGGGCCUGUACAUUGCAGAAUACCUUCAGAAUGGUGACAUCAGACAGUACCUGGCUGGACCUCCUGGACCACCCGGUCCUCCAGGGGCUCCAGGGACUCAAGGGCCUGGAGGAGACAGAUUGGUGGAUGAUGUGGCCAGCCGAGUUAUAGCUUACAUCCAGAGCAGAGGAUAUGAUGGGACUCCUGGUCCUCCUGGCCUUCCUGGUCCACCUGGUUCCAUCUCUGUCAGUGACAUCAUCAACCUUUUACAACGAGAGGAAGUGAGGAGACAUCUUUCUGGCCCCCCUGGUCCACCAGGACCUGCUGGAACUCCAGGCCUUGGCAGCUACAGAUUCAGCACUGAAGAGAUGGCUGACCGUGUGCUCCUCCUCAUUAAUGAGAGGGGUGUGGUAGGUGCCCCUGGACCUCCAGGACCUCCUGGUUCUCCUGGUCUUCCUGGAAACUUGUUAUCAACUGGGUAUCAGACACUUGUGGGUCCUCAAGGGCCUCCUGGUCCUCCAGGUAACCCUGGUGCACAAGGUCCACAAGGUCCACCUGGCCCUCCAGGAGUUGGGAACUACAUGAGUUCAGAUAUUCGGGACUAUCUGCAAAGUGUGUCCUUCAGGGGCCCACCGGGGCCCCCUGGUCCCCCUGGGCCUGAGGGCCCCCCUGGUCAAAUCCACAGAAUGGUUUCCUAUGCUGAGCAUGCCAACAGAGAGAGGUUCAAGGCAGAACAACAAGAAUACACCAAGAGUGAUGGUUCAAGAGGAGCUAUACUUGGACUUCCUGGCCCACCAGGCCCUCCUGGUCCCCCAGGACGCAAGGGAGAGCCAGGCAAGGCCAGUGCUAGAAACUGGAACCUGGAUUCUAAAGACUACUCCAAUAUGGCUGUCAAAGUAACUGAUUAUAUCAAAACCCAUGGUCUUCUCCGUGAUCUUGUGAGAGACUCUGAAAGUGUUGUUCAAGGACCUCCAGGACCCCCUGGACUUCCAGGAACACCUGGACACAGUCUAUGGGUUAGCUCCCGUGAAAAUGUUGUGGAUGUGGUGGAAUACAUAAAAUCCCGUGGUUUGUUGCAUGACAUUGUGAGGGAAUAUAACAGUCGUGUCUUCCAAGGACCUCCAGGGCCACCUGGCCCUCCUGGUCCCCCUGGAUAUACCCAAUGGACUGGUUCCCAUGGAAAUACCACAGAUCUGUUAGAAUACAUUAGAUCUCACGGUCUGCUACGUAACAUUGAAUGGGACAACAAUGAGCGUGUCAUCCAAGGACCACCAGGACCGCCUGGUCCUCCAGGUCCCCCUGGAUACAGCCGAUUGUUUGGUUCCCAGGCAAACAUCACUGAUUUAGUGGAAUACAUCAAAACACAUGGAGCCAUUGUGGGGCCGCCUGGGAGACCAGGACAAAAAGGGGACAUGGGAUACCCAGGGCCAAAAGGAGAGAAAGGUGAACGAGGUCUUCCUGGACCUGAAGGACAAAAAGGUGACAGAGGUGAAUUCACGCUGAUGACAAGAAGGACAAGGAGAGAUGUUGGUGUUUAAGAACCAAUUUACCUAAAUAUAUGUAACUUACUCCACACACACACACAAAUAUAUAUGUGGAAUUUGUUACUGUAUCCACAAAAUGGAUGAUCUUCAUCAAUUCACGUGUUUUGAUUAAUGACUUUGUAUUUCUAUGUGAAAUCAGGGAUUAUGUAUAGUGUUGGAUUAUUUUAUGUAAAACACUGUAUCAAGGGCUGUCAUUCAAAGUGGUGAGCUCUUUUAUUAUGUGGGUUGAAUGACAUGUUCUUUCUCUUAGCUUUUCAUACUUCAUAAUUAAGCUUUAUUUUAUAGUUUUUCAUCACUGUCAGAUAAUUACAAGUGUAUUACUGUAAGGAAUCUCAUCAAAGACUAAACACAACUUUAGUACAGAGGAAAUGUUUAUUUACAGCAAAAUGAAAAUCUACAUUACACAGGCAGUCUAAAAACUAUACAUUUAUUUUUUUUAAAUGCAUAACGAUUUUGACGAUGUAUUUUCAUUCAACAUUCAAAAUUGAAUCACUUUUUUUUUUUGUAGAAUCUAACUCACCAAUAGGACAAGAACUGACAGGACUGUUUUGGAAUUCUAUUUUUGUAUGCUGCAAACCUCCAAUGAGUGAGUGAGCUGUAGCACACAUGCUGCAGUGAGGCUGCUACAUCUCCAUAUAAACAGCUACUGAGAAAAGUUUUGUAAAAGGUGCACAGCACUCCAAAGCAUUUUUUUUUGGUACAUAACAGCUGAGUUAUUAAAUACCUUUAACUAACUGUAACUCUCAAUAGCCAAUCAUAAAGAAAAUGAAAUGAUAAAAUGAACCAAUCAGACGUCAAGAUGGCCUAAACCAGUCAGGCCCUUGUUUGUUUUUAAAACUGCAACAACACAUCAGCCUAAAUAAUAAAAACUGCUGUUACAACGG